UUGUCAUUAAAUCUAUUAAAACGUCAUGACGUUAAUCGGACUUUAGAUUAAUAGUUAUUAUUAUUAUGGUCGAUUCAACGAGUCAUAAUGAUAAGAAGACGCCAAUUCUUGCCUUACGGUUGAUUACUCUGGUUCUGCUGGUGGCUGCUCUGACGAUACACUUUCGUUCUGUGCGCGUGUUCCGAUGGGAACAGUCUGUAUCCGGCGGUAUAUUAGUUACAUAUUGCAUUACUUUGCUUGGUCUGGCUUUGUGUGCGGGCACGGAGGAUAGCGGCGGUCAGGCUUUUCAGGCAUUCCUAUGCGGAGCUGGAGCAGCUAUCUUUGCUGUAAACGCUGCCGCUAUUUGGCGUCGUUGGCGCCGUGCUGGCGAGUUGACGCGUGUUGUUGCUGAGCUGCUGUUUGCUAUGGGAAUCCCUCUAAAGCGACAUGUACAGGCCAAGGUCUUUUUGAGCAGCGCAGUAGCAGCUUGUUUAUUGCUAGAUCUAGCUGUAGCACCGUUAUUGUCUCCAGAACCUAUUAGAGUGCAAUAGUUGCUUGUUUUUAACGUUUUCCGAAAAAGAAUUUCAACUCACAUUUAUGUCCUUAUUCUUCGGAAUAUUAAAAGGAAAAAUAUAAAAACUAAAUUAUAAUUUUAAAAGUUGCGACAGUACCUAGUCAUCGCGUAACAAUUUUCUUAGCACGUCAUCUGGUACUGUUGCACCGUGAAAGAUUCCAAAUUCAUAACGAUCUGUGGCCGGACCAUCGCAGAGAAAGCGAGUGAUUUAAUUCGCUUCAAACUGUACCGGGAAAUCGAUGUUAACAGUAACUGCUGGGUCACUUUAAAUGGAAUAGAUCAUAGUUAAUAAAAUUUUUGAUUUUAAUUUGUUUUAUGUAUAAGAAGGUCCUAAAUUUCGUUUUCUUACGACGAU